GACGCCGCAGCCUGCAGGGCGCACGGGGCGCACGGGCUUGACUGCGCCCGGGGCGGAAAGACGCGCGGCGCGGGACGGCGCGUGGGACCCGGGAAGGCAGCGGGGCCCGGGGUGGAGGGGGUCCAGGUUCGGAGUUUGCGGGCUCGAAGGCCGGUCGAGAUGCGGAAUUAGAGAGUCAGAGAGGUUAAGCGACCUGUCCAGGGCCUCCCAGCUAGUAAAGUGGCUGAGACCGAACUGGAAACCGGGGGCAUCCGGUUCCAAGGCCGUGUCAAGUGGUGUCCAGGAUACGGCGGAGGAGGAAAGAGCCGUGUCUUUCCCUCACAGGCCACUAGAGCCGCCGGCCAUUUGGAGGUGAAACACUGUGGAGGGGAAGUGGCGAGUGAGGGCAGGGGCCCUCGUGGGGCUGAUGGCUGGCAGAAGGCUGAAUGGGGACCAGGUGCCCAGUUGGCUCUGUGUGCUGCUGCUGACAGAGACAGUGUCCGGAGCCGGCUCCAGGGGGCUGUCUGCAGGGGCCCACGUUAGCCCCGAGUUUCCAGCCUCAGGUGGGAAGGAGAUCCCCGCGGUGGACUGCCGAGACGUGUGCACCCUGAACGUCUCCGACCGCUGCAGCUUCGUCCGCACAAACCCCAACUGCCGCAGCGACGGGGGGUACCUGGACUAUCUGGACGGCGUCUUCUGCCACUUCCCCCCCGGCCUCCUCCCCCUGGCCGUCACCCUCUACGCCGUCUGGCUGCUCUACCUGUUUCUCAUUCUGGGCGUCACCGCGGCCAAGUUUUUCUGCCCCAACUUGUCAGCCAUCUCCACCUCCCUGAAACUCUCCCACAACGUGGCAGGCGUCACCUUCCUGGCGUUUGGGAACGGCGCGCCCGACAUCUUCAGUGCCCUGGUGGCCUUCUCGGACCCGCGCACGGCCGGCCUGGCCCUGGGAGCGCUGUUUGGAGCGGGCGUCCUGGUCACCACGGUGGUGGCCGGUGGCAUUGCCAUCCUGCGGUCCUUCACGGCUGCCUCCAGGCCCUUCCUCAGGGACAUCGUGUUCUACAUGGUGGCCGUGUUCCUGACCUUCACCGCACUCUACCUCGGCAGGGUCACGCUGGCGUGGGCGCUGGGUUACCUGGGCUUCUAUGUGUUUUAUGUGGUCACCGUGGUUCUCUGUACCUGGAUCUACCAGUGGCAGCGGAGAAAGUCCCUGGUAUGUUCCAUGCCAGGCACUCCAGAGGUACUCUCGGAUUCUGAGGAGGAUCAGGUGUCUUCUAACACCAACAGCUAUGACUACGGUGAUGAGUACCGGCCCCUGCUCCUCUGCCCGGAGUCCACAGCUGAGAUCCUGGUGCAGGCCCUCAACCCGCUGGAUUACAGGAAGUGGAGAAGCAAAUCUGCAUACUGGAGGGUCCUCAAGGUGUUCAAGAUUCCUGUGGAGUUUGCCCUCCUCCUCACGGUGCCCGUCGUGGACCCGGACAAGGAUGAUGGGAACUGGAAACGACCCCUGAACUGCCUGCACCUGGUGACCAGCCCGCUGUUCUGCGUCCUCACCCUGCAGUCGGGGGUCUAUGGCGUCUACCUGAUCGGUGGCCUCCUUCCCAUCUGGGCUGUGGUGGUGAUUGCGGGCACAGCCUUGGCUGCAGUGACCUUCUUUGCCACAUCCAACAGCGAGCCCCCACGGCUUCACUGGCUCUUUGCUUUCCUGGGCUUCCUGACCAGUGCUCUGUGGAUCAAUGCAGCUGUCACAGAGGUGGUGAACAUCUUACGGUCCCUGGGUGUGAUCUUCCGACUGAGCAACACAGUCCUUGGGCUCACGUUGCUGGCCUGGGGGAACAGCAUUGGAGAUGCCUUCUCAGAUCUGACCCUGGCCCGCCAGGGCUACCCACGGAUGGCAUUCUCAGCCUGUUUCGGCGGCAUCAUCUUCAAUAUCCUCGUGGGAGUGGGGCUGGGCUGCCUGCUGCAGAUCUUGCGGGGCCACGCAGAGGUGAAGCUGGAAUCAGAUGGCUUGCUGGUGUGGGUGUUGGCCAGUGCCCUGGGGCUCAGCCUCGUCUUCUCCCUGGUUGCCGUCCCACUGCAGUGCUUCCACCUGAGCAAAGUCUACGGCAUCUGCCUUCUCCUCUUCUACUUCAACUUCCUUGUCGUGGCCCUACUCACAGAAUUUGGAGUGAUUCACUUGAAAAGUGUAUGAGCAAAGCCACACAUCAGAGUCCGCCUGGGGGUGUCGCGACAGGCAGGUACCCAGCAGCAGCCUCCUGUGGAGAGACAGGGCUGCAGUCAUCUUCUGGAAACCUCCAAGGGGUGUGCAGUGGAGGGAAUGGCGUCUGGGCUCCUGUGGGGGUAGUUGUUGCUGCUAAAGGUUGUUUGAAGUUGCUGCUGUGUGGGGGAGGACAGCACCGUCCCUCUGUGUCAUUUCUGAUUCUGGCCAUCGUACCCAGGGAUGGUGGAGACUGGGCUUUACUGUGGACUGAAGCUAAAAGACCUCUCUGAGGAAGGGGGGUUGGGGCAACUGCUAAGCUGUGGCGUUCCCCAUCUUCCUCCCUUGUUGCCCUUCUGCUCUGCACCAUGCUUGAGGCCUUCUAGCCUUCUAGUAUCUUCUGCUCAGGGUAUGGCAGUCACAUAUUUGGGAAGUCCGGGUGAUUGCACCUCACUCACCCAGGUGGACUGGGUGACCACAGCCAAGAAUCCCUUGUGUGCUGCGGCAUCAGCGGGUCCAGGGCUGGGCCCUAGACUUGCGCUGUCCAUCAGACACAGGAUGAAAGACCUGGACACCCUUGAGUUCUCUAGUAGCCACAUAGGAGUGAAGAAGAAAAGGUGAAAUUGAUGUUACUAUGGUUUAUUUAACCCAACAGAUCCAAAAUACUUCAACCUUUGGCUCUGGCCCUCCCUACAGAACUCUGUCCUGGGCUAUGGGGACAGUCCUCUGGGCUCCAGGCCUUGUUUCCCCAGCUGCAGAGCAGGUGUCAGCACAGCCUGCACCCUGUACCUACCUCAGAGGGAGGCUGCAGGCUCUGGGGAGGAUGUGAGCUGCCUUCUCUGUAAGAAACUCUUGUGUGCCCUGUUGCCUUAUGCUGGUAAUAAAAGAAAAAGGAUUA